AUGUCGGACCUCGCCCAGCUCCGCGCGGAGGUGGCCAAGACGAUCGCGUCCCUCCCGGAGGUGAUUCGAUCGUGCUCGGUGGACGUGCUCGUGGGCGACAUCGCGUCGGUGUUCGACGAAGAUGACUACAGACGUCCCCCGGGCAUCGACCCGAACCACCCGGCGCCUCCCAAAACGUGGAACGCGCUCAUAGAGGCCAUGCGCGACCCGCGGCUGACCUCCUCGGAGGCGGUCAAGGAGCUCGAGACGGCGGCGGCGGCGCUCGAGGCGCGCAUCGCCGACGCGGACGAGGUUCACGACGCCGGCGACGACGACCCGACGAUACACGCCCGCCCCUUGGGCACCGGGCUCGUGUCGUGCAGGGCGUGCGGCAGAGUCCUCGCCGCCGAGGCGCUCGCGGCGCACGGGAAAGAAACGUGCGCGGCGGUGCGCCAGGCUCUCGGCGCGGACGGAGUGGCCCGUGCCCUGGGCGGGACGUGGGGUUUCGCAGAGCUGCCCAGCGCGUCGUCGCUGCUCGCCGCGGUGCCCCGGGCGGGUGGUGUCGCGUCCGUCCCGGGGGGAGGCGCCGCGCCCAAGGUUAAGAAGAUGACGAAGAAGGCGCUGAAGGAGCAGCAGAUGGCGGCGGCGGCGGCGGGGGCGGGGGCGGGGGCGGGGGCGGGUUUGCCGGGGGUGCCCCUGGGCGCGGGCGGGCCCGCGAGGGCUGUGCACGGCGCGACGGGCGGGUUCGAUCCGACGCGGGUGUCCGGCCAGUUCAACCGGGGCGCCGCGUACGACGUGCAGCACCACCUCUUUCUCCAGCAGCAGCAGCAGCAGCAGCAGCAGCGUCAUCAUCAGCAGCAGGGGUCGCAGCAGCUCGGGCUCGGGCUGGGAUUGGGGAGUGCCAACUCCGCGGGUCUCGCGCAGCUCACGCCCGGGGAUUUCUCCGGCGCCGUCCCCGACCAAGGGUUCCGGGGCGCGUUGGGGGUUCCGCCGGUUGUCGCCGCGGCGGAGAAAAAAGCGGCGGGGGCGAAGCGGAAAAGGGACGCGGCGGCGGCGGCGGCCGCGGCGGCGGGGGCGGGUGUCGCGGGGGUCGUGGGAGCGGGAGCCGGCGCGCUGCCGCCGGCGGCGUUCGCGGCGCAACAGCCGCAUGGAACCCCCGGCGGGGGCCCAGCUGGCGCGUUCGAUGCCGCGACGCUCGCUCAGCUCAACGCGCAAACGGCUCGAGCGCUCCAGCAGCGCCGCGCGGCGAUGGCGCAGAAGAUUGCGCAGCAGCAGAGGCUGCGGCAGCGGAUGGAGCUCGACCGAGAGCGCGCGCCCGGGUUGCAGGGAGUGGCGCCGCUCGCGCAGGUCACCGACGUGGGGCGGCUGCGGUACCUGCGGCAGCGCGCUCUGUACUCGAUCAUGUUCCACGGGACCCAGCGGGAACUUCUGGACAGGAUGACGCCCAACAUCGUCCCGGCGCAGAUUUACCUCGCGGGGGCGUCCAGCGUCGUGCCGCCGUUUCCAGCCGUGACCGGUUAG